AUGGCGGGGAUCGACCUCAACACGGUGGAGGAGGACGAGGAGGAGUCCUCGGCGGAGGUGCUGCUCGCUCGGAGCGGUGGCGGCGGGGACUGCUCCUCCCAGUCGCACUCCCACUCCCACUCCCACUCGCACUCGCAGACCCACUCAGGCCACGGCCAGGGGAGCUCCUCCGUGGCGGCCGCGACCCCGCCGCGGCCCAGCGCGGUGUGCCUCGAGCUGUGGCACGCCUGCGCGGGGCCCGUGGCCCCCAUGCCGCGCAAGGGGGGUGUCGUCGUCUACCUCCCGCAGGGCCACCUCGACCACCUCGGCGACGCGCCCGCACCUUCACCCGCCGCCGUGCCGCCCCACGUCUUCUGCCGCGUCGUCGACGUCACGCUCCAUGCGGACGCGUCCACGGACGAGGUGUACGCGCAGCUCUCGCUGCUCCCCGAGAACGAGGUGCGUGCGUGCCAGCAACAUGCCCGUGCUCUCACGCCUACAAUGGCGGCUCUGCUCGAUUCGGUUCAGUUUCUGUGGCGGCGUUUUGCUGAGCCUCGGCCUGACCUGCUGCAGGAGGUGGUCCGGCGGAUGCGCGAGGCCACGGAGGACGGGAGCGGCGGCGAGGACGGCGAGACCGUCAAGCAGCGCUUCGCGAGGAUGCCGCACAUGUUCUGCAAGACGCUCACCGCCUCCGACACCAGCACCCACGGUGGCUUCUCCGUGCCGCGCCGCGCCGCCGAGGACUGCUUCCCCCCUCUGGACUACAGCCAGCAGCGGCCGUGUCAGGAGCUGGUCGCCAAGGAUUUGCACGGCACCGAGUGGAAGUUCCGCCACAUCUAUCGAGGCCAGCCGCGGAGGCACCUUCUAACCACCGGAUGGAGUGCAUUUGUCAACAAGAAGAAGCUUGUCUCCGGGGACGCCGUACUGUUUCUGCGGGGCGACGAUGGGGAGCUUAGGCUGGGAGUACGCCGUGCGGUUCAGCUCAAAAAUGGAUCUGCUUUUCCGGCGCUUUAUAGCCAAUGCUCGAAUCUUGGUACACUAGCUAAUGUUGCUCAUGCUGUGGCUACAAAGAGCAUGUUCCAGAUCUUCUAUAACCCCAGGUUAAGUCAAUCUGAAUUCAUCGUACCCUACUGGAAGUUCACCAAAAGCUUUAGUCAACCAUUUUCUGUUGGAUCGAGGUUCAAAAUGAGAUAUGAAAGUGAGGAUGCUGCUGAAAGAAGGUACACAGGGAUAAUUACUGGAACUGGUGAUGCAGACCCUAUGUGGCGUGGUUCAAAGUGGAAAUGCCUGCUGGUAAGGUGGGAUGAUGAUGGUGAGUUUCGUCGACCAAACAGGGUAUCUCCUUGGGAGAUUGAGCUGACCAGUUCAGCUUCAGGAUCCCAUCUGGCCGCACCAACUUCAAAGCGGAUGAAGCCAUACCUUCCCCAUGCUAAUCCGGAAUUCACAGUUCCACAUGGAGGUGGUCGCCCUGAUUUUGCUGAGUCUGCACAAGUCCGCAAGGUCUUGCAAGGUCAAGAAUUAUUGGGUUAUAGAACUCAUGAUGGUACUGCUGUUGCUACUUCACAGCCAUGUGAAGCAAGAAACUUGCAGUACAUCGAUGAACGAGGUUGCUCUAACAAUGGGAGUAACAAUGUCCUAGGGGGGGUCCCAAGCCAUGGUGUGAAAACACCACUUGGAAUUCCCUACCAUUGCUCUGGCUUUGGGGAGUCUCAGAGAUUCCAAAAGGUCUUGCAAGGUCAAGAAGUUUUCCGUCCGUACCGAGGAAGUCUGGUUGAUGCGCGCAUGAGAAGUGGCGGCUUUCAUCAGCAAGAUGGUCCUUAUGCAUCUGCUCUAUUGGAUAAAUGGCGCACACAACAACAGCAUGCAUUUGGUUUCGGGUCAUCAGCACCAGUUCUGCCGUCUCAACCAUCGUUAUCACCACCUUCUGUGCUGAUGUUUCAGCAGGCUGAUCCAAAGGUCUCUCGAUUCGAGUUUGGGCAAGGGCACUUGGAUAAGAACAUGGAUGAUCCGUAUGCUAGGUUUGUCUCCGCUGAAGCCAUUGGAAGGGGAGAGCAAACGUUGUCGCUCCGGCCUCAUCUUGGUUCAGAAGUGAUCGAUACUCGUGUUGCAGUUGAGAACAAGGGUGUUGCACCUACCAAUAGUUGCAAGAUAUUUGGCAUUUCUCUGGCUGAAAAGGUUCGGGCAAGGGAUGAGAUGGGUUGUGAUGAUGGUGGUGCCAACUAUCCAUCUUCAACUCAGCCCCUGAAGCAGCAAGUGCCGAAAUCCCUCGGCAACAGUUGUGCCACUGUUCAUGAGCAGAGGCCUGUUGUCGGCAGGGCGAUCGACGUCCAACAAUGGAUAUGA